AAUUACCUCAACUUGCGGGGUAAAGGAUUUUCUAGAGGCAUUACGAAGCAACGGGUUCAUUAGUCAACACACAAGGCGAUGCGGUCAAAACAUCGGAUAUUGGACACUGCACCCAUUCCGAGCCAUCUGUCGUGGGAAAUCGUACUCGCUCAUAUUCACACAUACACGCCUUUACUCAAGCAUAACGUAGUUUUCGUGAGCUUCUCCGAGACAACGCCUGACUUUGGUGUGGUGCAAAGCGAGCCCUUCUUCGGGCCGCCCAAUAACAGUGUCCAGAGCUUUCUUUGCUCCCAGCGGCUUGAGUUGGCUCCGGGUCUGAGGCAGGAUGAGGAAUGGCCUAUCACGUUUCUGAGAAUCGAGAAUGGUAUUCGUGCUCGUGUGGAUGCUAGAGCAGGUGUUACUGUAUGGAUUGAGUGUCUGGUUCGUCGACGACCAAACCCUGGUACACUGAGCACACCAAGUACACCAAAUACACCAGAUUCUUUUACGGAUGAGUGGGAGCUUUAUGAGGAGGUCGUUGUUGAGUCCAACACUCUUCUUAUGCCUUUUGUCUCUCGGAUGACUGACUUGGCUCAUCCUGGAAUUUGUCAGAGGAUUAUGAAUGACAUUAUGAGCAAUUAUUGGGUUAAAGUGAGGAAAGCUUAA